AUGUUGCUCGUGCUUUGGUUGGUUGUAUUUGUCAUUGAAACACCAUAUGGUGCGUCCACAAUAGAACAGUACUUGCAAUUCAUCCCUGUUAGUGGAGUUAGACAUGACAUCUUUUUCUAUGAACAUCCUGGUCUGCGAAAUCCCAUUGAAAUAGAUGCCACUAUUAAACAGCAAGUUCGCAUCAGGAUUGUAGAACAUCUGAACGAGCUUCCCGUGUUAAGAAUUCAUUGUGUUGUUGCUCCCCUCGAUUCGACUCAUGAACUCGUCUCUGCUUACUUAUGUCGCAGGAAGUCUACGCACGAUUCGGAUGAAUGCAUUGAUCCUAAAACAAGAAAUGUUAUUUUCGGUCGGGUUGAGUUUAGCGCUAAUGGCAAUAGAUCUUCAGGCUACACGUUUUCUUCUAGGCUACCUGUUAAAGAUGAACUACUUGACGGCUUUUACUUCUGCAAGUAUCAUAACCGGAAUGGAGAGCUAAUUUCAAAUUUCAUUGAAAUACAGGAUGCGUAUUACUAUCACAAACGUAUGGUUAGACGACCUGUAAAGCAAACUGAAUAUUUACCUCCUUUAUCUAUCAAUGAUCUUCCCUUGAGUCUGGAAUGCGGACAAACUCAAGUAUCUGAAGAGUUGCCAAGUUGGGCUGAUGCAGCGUUCCCCAGUCCGUUUAUGUGGUCAUUUUGUGAUGUAGACAGCCCUGAUGGUAUACAGUCUGCUGGGUGCAUGCGUAGAGUUCGUCAAACAUCUACUCAUGUUACAAAUUAUUUUGAAAGUUAUGUUUCUCCGAACGGUACUUUGGUGUUAUAUAAGCGCACAACGUCAGCAUGGAAAGAUAUGGGUUUGGUGUGCUGGAGCCACUUGGACUCCUCAGCUGUUUAUUCUACCUAUUUUGGUGGUUCAAGUGAGCGGCCUAAGUUGUUGACUUAUGACUCCAAUAUACCAUUCGUUGGUAGUGGAAUUACUGUAUUAUCACCCCUCACACAAAGGAUUACUGUUCGAAUUGGACCACGAACUGGUCUCAAGUUAGUCACUAAGUAUCGAUCUACUCCAGAGUACACGACUGUUAAAUGGACCAAAGACGGCAGAAGAAUUCCACCUGAUUUUCCAGGACACAGUGAUUAUCUCUUGAAGUUUCCUGAUCUCAUUCGCCGAGAGCACUCUGGGACUUACAAUUUACUUGUGGAAAAUGGGAAUGACCAAGUUAAUUUUCAGUUCAUAGUGAGUGUAGUCGGUCCACCUGAAGUGAUACGUGCUCCUCCACCUUUACUUUUAGUGAUGGAGGGAGAAAAUGUUACAUUUAGCUGUCAGUUGGAUUCGUUUAUAACGGAGUCUUUAGAAAUCAAUGGCCUACCUUACCAACCGAAUCCUACUAAUUUUCGUACUGAACUAAGAGAUCAAUAUCCGUACUUAAAAGAUGCUUUAAUACAACCAUUGCAAAAAAAUGGUCAUAUUUUAACUUAUUCAGCCUAUAAUUUACUGUUUACACCUGGUAGUAAAGUUGGACCGACUCAUACUGUCAGCUUGGUUGGGAAAAAUGAAUAUGGCUUGGCUCGAGUAUCCACUCUUGUCAGAGUACUACCCCGAAUAAACAUCUUGAAGGCUCCAAAAGAUUACUCAUGUACUACCAAUUGCUUAAACACUAUUUCACAUGCAUUCGAUUGCGUUAUCGAUACGGAUCCUUAUCAGUCUACUUACUUUGUACAAACAUGGGAAUUAAAUGGCAUUCCCGUGUCGAAAAUGACAAAAGAUUAUCAACAAUCAAAAUUUAUUAAAACAGAAGGCACAAAGUUGAUAAUCACACCCGUUGAUGAUCCGUCCCUAACUGUAUUGUUCCGAAAAGUGAAUGUGACGUGCCGUUGGCGUAUCUUUUAUCCGCAUGUGACUUCUCGUAUUGCAGAUCUGGAUACAAGACUUUUGGAACCGAAUAUGAAGGUGUAUGAUUCUCAUGAAGAUGCAAAAAUCCGUCCACUAUUGACAGCAGCGUUGGAUCUACAAGUGGAUCAUGACCCAACUCCGGCAUCAGCUAACAUAUCUUGGAUAACAGCUGUGAUUAUCGGUAUCCUUGUUAUAAUUGCGAUCGGAGUUCUAACUGCUUGUUUGGUCAUGAGAUUCCGUGGAGAAACUUAUAUGCUGGAUCGUGAAGAACGUGCUCUUGGAAAUGAUCCAGAAAAAGAACUACGUGAAAAAGAAGCAUUUCAAACCUAUGAAAGAGCAGAAGAACCGCCACUUCGAGGCAGUCGUUGUUCAUUAAAUGAUGACAGUGCUGAAAUUGGCAGUGAUGGAGAUGGUGAACUAGACGAUUAUAAUCUUGAUCCUGGUAAAUUCAAUGAAGAAGGCUCUUUCAUUGGGGAAUAUGCAACAGAGAGACACAAGAGCCCAUCAAAUCGUUUACCAACUCUUGAUCGAAACUACAAUCCAACAGUUUAA